GCUGCCCACUCCUUCGCCGGACCAUGAAGGGGCAACAGCAGCCAGUGGAGAGCGGGAGGCAGCCGAGGACGCACGUCAGCUCGGCGCAGCGAUCGAGCCGAUUCGCUCACUUUGAGCACGAGACGGACCACACGGGCGACAUAUCCAGCGAAGCCACAACUGCGAGCCAGCUGUACCACCACCUGAGCCAAGACGCGGACCAGCUGUGUCCCGAAGACGACUUCCUGGACCGCUUCGAGGAGGAAGAACCGCUCACGGAUGACAUGACAGCGGAGAGCACCCUGCUCGCCCACCGCCGCGCGGCUUCCCCGGCGGACAGUGCCUCCACUCGUAAGAGCAACAAGCCGCUGAUGGAGAAGAAGCGACGCCAGAGAAUCAACCGCUGCCUCAACGACCUCAAGACGCUGGUGUUGGAGGCCCUCAAGAAGGAUCCCUCCCGCUACAGCAAGCUCGAGAAGGCCGACAUCCUGGAGAUGACGGUGCGCCACGUGCAGGCGCUGCACCGCCACGAGUCCGCGGGCGUGCGCGGGCGCAUGGCGGGCGGCGACGAGAUGUCCAAGUACCGCGCCGGCUUCGCGCAGUGCGCCGCCGAGGUGUCCCGCUACCUGUCGGGCAUGGACGGCCUCCCGCACGACCUGCACGCCAACGUGCUCAGCCACCUCAACGCCAUCGCGUCCUCCGUCACCUCCAACGUCAACGCCAACGCCACCUGCGUCCAGAACAGCGUCAACGUGGCCGCCAACCCGCCGCCCAUCAUCUUCGUGCUCAACGCCGCGCCCGCCGCCGCAGGGGCGUGCGUGCAGCCGCAGGUCGCGCCCGUGGCCACGCAGCCCGUCGCCUUCCAGGACAGCGCGGGGAACUCCCUGGGCGCGCAGCCGCACGUGACGCUCGUGACCACCGCCAAGCCGCAGCAGGCCCUCCCGCAGCUCCAGCCGCAGCCGCAGCAGGGCGGCCUGCAGAUCCUGCCGACGCGCCUCAGCAACGGCGACCUGGCGCUCGUGCUGCCGGCCGCCAUGCCCGCCGCGCGCGCGCCCGAGGACCGGCGGCAGCCGAGCGCCGCGCUGCAGGCGUCGUCGCCCGUGCUGACGGCCAUCCUGACGUCCGGGCGGGGCCAGGCGCGCCCCGCGGCCGUCGUGGUGCAGCCGCCCGCGCUCUCCGCCGGCAGCGACGACUCGGCGCUGGGCGCGGAGUCGCACGACGCGUCCGACAGCGACAUGAGCUCCGGGGUCAGCACGCCGCUGUCCUCCGUCAGCAGCGCGGGCUCGCCCCUGCCGCUGGAGGAGGGCGGGAGGGCGUCCCCGAGGCGCCCAGGGACGUCGCGCGCCUCGCCCACCAUCAGGCCGCACGUGUGGAGCAGCAACCACUUCCGGGAGGAGCUGGGCGCGCCGGCGGGCCCCCCCCGCCGGCCCCCCCGCCGGCAGCCCGUCCUCGCCCCCAAGCCCACCUACGCCCCACGCCCCGCCCCCGCCGACGCCCCGUGCGACGCCCCCAAGCCCCGCAAGGACAGCAGCCCCCCGAGGCGCCCCCGCCGCCGCAGAGCAUGUGGCGCCCGUGGCACUAGGGGCGCCCCUCCCCCCUCCGCGCCCACACCGUACCCACCGCCCCCCCCCCCUCCGUCCAGCCGCCGUCUCGCCGCCUGGAGAGUACAACGCAGCGCCCAAGAGAAGCUCGCCGAGGAGAGGAGAGGACGAAGCCUCAGUACAAUAGGCCUCAGGUAAGGCUUCGAGGUUCUGGCCGUUGACUUUUUUCCCUCAAGACGUCUGAAGAACUCUCUCUCCUCAAGGGCUCCACGAAGCUGUCGAUUCCUUCCAUUUCCUCUGCACAUUCUCGCCGAAGCUGACUUUCCUUUAGAGAGAGCAGAAGAGAAGAACGGGGAUUAAGGGUCACACGUUCCUCCCCAUCUCCUAAGACGUUCAGUAAUGUAUAUUGGCCUAAUCAUGUCUUGGGUUUUUUGACGUUCACGGAAUCGACAAGUGUUCUUUUCUCGGCAUCUCCCUGGAUAAUCCCAGAAUACGGAAGAAAUACGAAGAAUAAGAAAAAGAAAUAAUGUCUUCAGUCUCCCCUCGAAAGAAAAAUUACAAACGAAUGUAAAAAAAAAAUCCUUACAAACGAAGACGAUAAAAAAAUCCACAAGAAGAGGAGGGACGAAAAUUGAAAGAAGACAAAAAUACGAAAGAAGAUGGAUGAAGACGAAGUAUUCUUGGAAGAAAAAGAUAGAAAGCAUGGAGGGCAUACCACCUCGCCCGAUGAUCUCAUUUUAUCGCCAGAGGUCCUUAACUAGCAAUCGAGGGAACCAACUGCAAUUGGUCGCUGAACAAGCUCGUUCAUCCGACGCCGAACGAGAAGAAAUAAUCCUCCCAACUUGAGGAUUUCCACGAGAAAGAGAAGAA